UCUUUCCAAAAAAAGGAUUCAUCAUUAGAAGGAGAUGAGAGAAAUGGAGAACUCUGAGGAUGCUGAACCUACAGUAAUAGACAUGAACAAAAGAAAGAAAUCGAAGACGAAGCGUUUAAACCAAAAUAGUUCGCCUAUUUUGCAACGUGAUACCAUGUCAAAACAUAGCUCUAUUCAGAAGACAGUGAUUGAAAAAACUAUUUCUUCCGAUGCAAAGUCAAAGAAUUGGGAACCGUCAGAAGUGAGCAAAACAAGUCUCAUUCAGUCUAUUAGUGCAGACCAUUUUGACGACUCAUUAACACCGAUAUCUUCCGACGAUAGCAUGCAGUCUAUACUAAUAAAGUAACGUAGAAGAUGUACAUGAGAAACAAAAUGGACACAUUUCGUGAAGAGUUUUACUUAUUGAUGGAUAUGUAUAUAUAAAAUGUUCUGGCUCUAUUUUAUUACAUAUAUAGAACGACAUGCAGCAGCAAGAUUAUCUUCAAAUCUUAUAAAUGCAAAAUAUUUGUAGUGAGAAUAUGUCCGGAUUAGAUUAUACACAUGAGGUUCUCGGGUGGAACGCCUCGAUUCCCUUGAGAGAUCGUCACUAUUGGUCGUUGAUCAUUGAUACGAAAUAGACAUUAGUUUAUGUGGAUGGAGGAUCUACUAAAAGAUAUUCAUCUUAACUGGAAGCAUAUGCUGCCUGAUAUUAUUUUCUCUCAUUCAAACUGCAAGAACUAUUUUAAAUGAGCUAUCCGACCAGAAUAAAAAUAUAGUGAAAAAAAAAAGAAAAGAACAAAACAAAAGUACAUUAAAUAAUAUAAUUAUUUUAAUUAA